GCGGAGCCUGCCCCUCAGCUUCAAGCGGCAGCGAGGAGAGCUUCACAGAUCGCUAGGCUUCUCCGCGGAGUGCCGCCUCCUGCCGCGCCUCCGCCCUUUCCUCGGCCCCACGCCGGGUUCUUCCUCUUCAGACUGCUCUCAGCCCACGCGCCCGCCGGUUCCGUUAUGGCGACCAGCAGCCCCAGCGUUGUGAUUAGUGAUGAUGAACCUGGUUAUGACCUAGAUUUAUUUUGUAUACCUCGUCAUUAUGCUGAGGAUUUGGAAAAGGUGUUUAUUCCUCAUGGACUAAUUAUGGACAGGACCGAACGGCUUGCUCGAGAUGUGAUGAAGGAGAUGGGAGGCCAUCACAUCGUAGCCCUCUGCGUGCUCAAGGGGGGCUAUAAAUUUUUUGCUGACCUGCUGGAUUACAUCAAAGUCCUGAACAGAAAUAGUGAUAGAUCCAUUCCUAUGACUGUAGAUUUUAUCAGACUGAAGAGCUACUGUAAUGACCAGUCAACAGGGGACAUAAAAGUGAUUGGUGGAGAUGAUCUCUCAACUUUAACUGGAAAGAAUGUCUUGAUUGUUGAAGAUAUAAUUGACACUGGUAAAACAAUGCAAACCUUGCUUUCCCUGGUCAAGCAGCAUAAUCCAAAGAUGGUCAAGGUUGCAAGUUUGCUGGUAAAAAGGACCCCUCGAAGUGUUGGAUAUAGACCAGACUUUGUUGGAUUUGAAAUUCCAGACAAGUUCGUUGUAGGAUAUGCCCUUGACUAUAAUGAAUACUUCAGGGAUUUGAAUCAUGUUUGUGUUAUUAGUGAAACUGGAAAAGCAAAAUACAAAGCCUGAGAUGAGAGCUCAACUUGAGUUUGGAAACACUUGGAGUUCCAUUGAAGUCACCAGUAAAGUUACCAAACGUUCUAGUUCUGUGGCCAGCUGCUUAAUAAGAUUUUAUUGCAUGUAUCUUCUAAGAAUUUUAUCUGUUUUGUAUUUUAGAAAUGUCAGUUGCUGCAUUCCUGAACUCUUUAUUUGCACUAUGAACUUAUAGACGAUCAGUUCCCUUUAGGUGGAUUGUUGUUUGACUUGUGAAUGAAAAAAAAUCUCUUAAACCACACCACUACUGAAUGAAAUAUUGAAAUUGUAUCUCUAAGAAACAUUUAAAGAGAAGAUAUAUUAGUUUUUUAAUUGGUAUUUUAAUUUUUAUAUAUUCAGGAAAGAACAGAAGUGAUUAAAUAUUGUUAAUUAUACCACUAUGUGUUUAGAAAAGUAAGAAGCAGUCAGUUUUCAUAUCAAUAACAGCUAAGAGAUAGUGUUAGGUUAGAUAAACCAUAUGUUCUGGAAUUAUUUUUAGCAGUAUUUCAGUAUUAUUAACUACAUUUUCCUGCUUGUUCAGUUUAUUUCUGGUGAAUCUUUGUUAACAGUUCAUUUUAAAUGCAAUUCAAUAAAUUCCAAAUACUUUACCACUUUUUGAAUUCUUCAGUGUAAAAAUCCUUAGAAUAAAGGCUGUCUCUUUAAAAGAAA